UCAGUUGGGCGCUGGAAACGAACGCGUGCAGUGUGGAUUUUGAAAUUGGCCAAAAAGCCGGAGAACGCCGGGCGAAAAACAGCAAACCGAAAACCGAAAAUCGAGAAGCGAAAACUGAAAACCGAAAAGCGAAAGCCGAAAGCAUAGAACGUCUGUUUUGGGUAGAGCCGCAAAAUUUAUGCCAUUCGUUUGUCAAUAAAAAGCGGAGAAACGUAAACAGAAGCGAGGCGAACGGGGCGGACCGAAAGAAAGAAAGACAUCAUACAGAAUUUAUGGCGUAGGUGCAGCGCCGAGUCCUCGAGGAUUUCCCCGUGUCCUUAUCAUCGGGGUGUGACACGGCGUCGACUCGUACGUGCCUCCUUGGUUCCUCAAUUCCUCGAUUCCUCAACUCCUCGUUUCCUCGCCUUUGAGGCCCGAGUGCGUCCUUUAUUGUUGUCUUACCUGGCAACAAUUACCGUUAUCGGGCGAUGGCCAAAUUGCUUUUGCCACCAGCCACCACAACCAGCACCACCACCGCCUCGAUUGAACGAUUGAAAAAUUCCGGUCCGAGUCCGCACGGCGUAUGCGUUACGGUUUUUUUUGAGGGCUCGCCGCUCGUUCGGUUUUGCGCAUGAUAAUUGAAUUUUUGUGGCGGCUGCUUUGUCCUAAUUGGAAAUUUGUUACCCGAGUUCGAUGAACUGUGAAAAAGCGAUGCGAAAUUGAAAAUGUGCCAUUGCAAUCGAGUGAAACUAGCCGGCAGCACAAAGUUAUAAAUCAAAUAUAAGAUUAUAUAUAAUGGAGAACGCCACCUUCUUCCCGGCCAAGAUGCUGGGCAGCUUGGCUUCCAAUGCUACCAGGAACGACGAGAACCUCACCACCUUCUUCACCGACGAGGAGUGGCUGGCCAUCAACAGUACGCUGCCAUGGGUGGUGGGCUUCUUCUUCGGGGCCAUCGCCAUCACAGGCUUCUUCGGCAACCUGCUGGUCAUCCUGGUGGUGGUCUUCAACAAGAGCAUGCGCUCCACCACCAACCUGAUGAUCGUGAACCUGGCCGUCGCCGACCUGCUGUUCGUCAUCCUCUGCAUCCCCUUCACGGCCACCGACUACAUGGUGCCCUACUGGCCCUACGGGCGCUUCUGGUGCCACAGUGUCCAGUACCUCAUCGUGGUCACAGCCUUCGCCUCAAUCUACACCCUGGUCCUCAUGUCCAUCGAUCGGUUUCUGGCCGUGGUGCAUCCCAUCCGAUCGCGGAUGAUGCGCACCGAGAACAUAACUCUGAUCGCCAUCGUGACUCUGUGGAUCGUGGUGCUGGUGGUCUCCGUGCCAGUAGCACUCAACCACGACGUGGUGGAGGCCAUCGACGAGAAGAAGAACAUCACCUACGGCCUGUGCACGUACUCCCCGAACGAGUUCCUAAGCUCGCGCACCUACCACGUGACCUUCUUCGUCAGCUCCUACCUGAUGCCCCUGAUGGUCAUCAGUGGGCUCUACAUGCGCAUGAUCAUGCGGCUCUGGCGUCAGGGAACGGGUGUCCGGAUGUCCAAGGAGUCGCAGCGGGGUCGCAAGCGGGUCACCCGGCUGGUCGUCGUAGUGGUCAUCGCUUUCGCAUCCCUAUGGCUGCCAGUUCAGCUCAUCCUCUUGCUGAAAGCGCUGGAUGUCAUCGAGAUGAACAGCCUGAACAAACUCAUCAUCCAGGUCAGCGCUCAGACGUUGGCCUACAGCAGUUCGUGCAUCAAUCCGCUGCUCUACGCCUUUCUCUCCGAGAAUUUCCGGAAGGCCUUCUACAAGAGUUUUUACUCCAAGAGGCUGGGCAUGAUGACAGUGACGCACCAGGAUGCCAUUAACUGCUCCUCCCGAUAUCAGAACUACACAUCUGAUUUGCCGCCGCCGCGCAAGACGUCCUGCGCCAGGACCUCCACCACAGGACUCUAAGGGCAAUUUCCUAAGCGGGCACAGCCAUACGAUUAACCGAUAGCCGGCUAAGGGGGCAGACCCCAGGAAUUGGCAUCGUUACGAGUGAAUCUCCGUGGGCGAACGUGGAGAGCUACGGAUGUCCUUUCAGGGAACCAGAGGACCAAUGGAACCAGGACUGCAGGCGAUCACUUCAGCACAGUGAUGCUCUUCGAAUGGCUAGUUUUAGCCAUAAGUAUUUGUAAAUAGAGCGUAGCACACGUAGAUUAAUAGCCUAUCAUUAAAUAAGCACUAUAGUUAACUAAAAAAAUAUUAUUAUAUAUUCGUCCAAAAAAGAGCAUGUAAUCCAGAUAACGCUUGUCUCAAUAAACGAACCUACCUUUUUGUUGGCUGAUCUUAAACAGUAUCAAGAUAGUGCGAUUCUGUGUAUAAGGAAUUCUUAACUCUCCUCGACUAAGCGAAAUUGUUCUCUUUAUAACGCAGUUAUUGAAUAUUUAUAUUUAAUGCUUAUCGGAUUACAAUCUAUUACAACUUCCCUUGCUGAAAACCACAUUGUUAACUAGGUUACCGCAGUUUGUUAUUUGUGUAAACCAUUAAAGAAUUAACGAACACACCA